CCUCUUUUCCAACUCGACCAGCCCUGGCCCAGCACCAACACCAACAUGGGUGAUGUCGCUAUGGGCUUCGCCUACCUUAUCUCUUGUUGUUGUUGCUGCUUCUCCAGCGACCCAGGACCCGAAGGAUCUGGCUUACGAUACGCGAAACGGGACCCCCGAGAGGAUUUGGUAGAUCAGGAAUUCAGAUCACGGAUGUACAAGAAGGAUAAGGCUGGGUACAUCCAUAUGCAGCCGAGAUCAUCGAGCUCUACAAGUGCCGUUUUCUUCAAAAUUACCCUUAUCACCGGAAGAUCCAACGUUGUCUUGACCUUUCAACCGGCGUCCGAUCGCAGCGAGAAGAGGCAGCUAUAAUUAUUGCGUUGUACUGCUGUAUCGCGACACUUCGGGCCGUAGUCCUGGCCGUCUUUUGCUUGGAGCUGA